UGGUAGGUGACGUGUGAGGCUCCCAGCUGACGUGUGAUCCUCGUCUCUCGUCUCAAGUGUGUUUUAAUGUGUCUUGACAGUACCCGGUCACAACCACGCACCCGUAGAUAUCACUAGAACCUCGGUGUUGGUGUCAGAUAUGGGUGAGGACCGAGUACCACCAGGUCUGGCUGGUGCUGUGGACAGCAUCAAGGAGGCUCUCAAGGCUGGCCGUACAGACAUCUUCAGAAAACUACUUGAUGCCUGUGAAGUGUCAAGUUAUGGUGGUGGGACAGAGGAGAGGCAACAGUUAAUAAACUCCCUGGCGACAGAAGAUGGCACCUUCCUACACAUGGCAGCUAAGCUUGGUCGAGGAGAUAUCAUACGAGCAUUGCUGGCCCUCGGUGCUGACCCAGGGGUACAGGAUAGUGAGGGUAACACUGCCCUCCAGUUGGCUCCCUCACACGCCAUUACCGCCAUCUUUACAGAGGAGCUGCUCCGUGCCACAGCUCAGUCAGAUGUUGGUCGUGUGUGUCAACUGGUCGCUGCUGGGCUGAGCAUCAACUCCCACGACAACCCUUUAAGUCGUAACACUCCCCUACACUGGGCAGCAUCAUUUGCCGAUACUGAUACACUUACCUGCCUAAUAGCUCGUGGGGCAGACGUUAAUGCAGCCAACAGCGACGGCGCCACACCCCUGCAUGACGCCGUGGCUCGGGGGAAUGAGAGCAUCAUAAGAAUACUACUGGAGCACGAUGCCAACCCACACAUCCAGUGCUACAAGGGGCGACACAAAGGUAAGACGCCCUUGGAGAUGGCAGCACGGAAGCCACAGCUGCAGGAGGUGAUGCAACAGUUUGCCUCAGAGAACAAGCCAGUACACAUCAAUGGCAUCGCUAAUGGCAGUGUCUCUCCUUUGUUAAAGCGACGUUCAUUGACAAACAGAGAACUUGCAAUGUCUCGAGGGACGUCUGGUUCCUUGGAGUCGUUAGCCAGCAUGGGGGCGGACAGUGUGAUGACGGGGGUGGAGGCCGGGAGUGGUGACGGCACCUCAGUGAGAAAACCCUCCAUAGGCACUCCACAACCUCGCUCUCCUCUACAGUCUUCGUCGUCUUUGGAACUGAGUCCUCGCAUGGAGCAGGUGUGUGAAAGGUUGGCAUCAACACAGCUGACGGCUCCUCCACGACCUCUGGUUACACACUCGUCGCUGCACUUGUUGUGGCCUCAACCUCGCCGCAUCACAGAACUUAGUGGCCCGGGCUGGUCUCCACCCUCACACGCCACACUGGCUGUUGUGGCAGGAACAAUACCUGUGCAUAAGAUUGUAGAUGUGUGGGAUAUUCAUAAAAGCUGGCUGGAGGAGGUUGGCUGCCAAGUGAGUCUGGGGGCGGUGGUGGGAGCACGGGACCCCCCCACUGCCCACACCUUCACCUGCAUAGUGGAUGCUGCCCUCACCAACCAUCCUCACCAGUACACACUCACCAUACAUGACAACAAGGUGACAAUGGUGUGUGGGUCCAUAGAGAGCCUCCACAGCACUCUGGUCACACUGGUACAGCUGCUUCGUGUGUGUACGUCUAACAGGGAGGGAGCUGAGAAGGGCAUGGUUCCUCCGCUGGUCAUAACGGAUCAGCCAUCGCUCUCUCAUCGAGGAGUCCUGUUGGAUGUUUCACCACACGCUCGGGUUCCCACGCUGGAGCGUGUAUGCCAGAUGGUUGACUCCCUCCUUGCCUUGAAGAUGAACCAGCUACACCUAAUGUUACGCAUCUCACCAACCGCCUGUAGUCUACCUUACUCCUCCAGUGAAGUUGUAUCACUAGACCGCUACUGUGAUGAUCGGGGCAUAAGCUUAGUGCCGGCUUUCGACAUAGAGGGAACCAUAUCCUUGACACAGCUGAAAGCAGUGACCUCGAUCAUCACUGCAACUCUCACCCACUUCCCCUCUGUCAGGUAUGUCCACAUCGGUCCAAGAUUAACGGCCGUGUUAGCGGAUGCCAGUUGUGGAAACAAUGGCCUCUCUGAAGAUGGUACCUGUAACCCUUUGAGUCCGUGGGCACAGCUGGGACUGGCACAAUCGGCUGUUCUCCUGGUGUGUGCUAAUGUUUUCCACAACAAGCGUCAACAGCUGUCUUAUCUCCCUCCGAGGACCAUCUUAGUGGAGUACGGUUUUCAGGCGGAUUAUGACUUUUCCCGCGGCAUUCAGCUUGCAGUAGAGACCGGGCGGCCAUUGUCAGUGUGCCCGGGUACUGCAGCUUGGAGUAGUCUGAGCGGGUGGCCCGAGGCUGGGGUGAGCAAUGUGUACAGCGGAGUGGUGGGAGGAGUUGAUGCCGGUGCUGGUGGUGUGGUCGUUGCUCACUGGUCCAGUAGUGCUGCUCUCACACCUCUAGUGUUUGCUUGGCCGCCCAUACUAGUGGCUGCUGGACUAUCGUGGAACCACAACACACACUGGGAUUAUGUUCACUCAUCAGUCGGGGAGCUGGUGGACACUCACCUCGUGCGAGUUCCCGGGUGUGGUUUAGGGGCGGCUCUAGUGGAGUUGGGUCGCUGUGAAACCUGGGUGACCCGCAUGGCCCGAGGUCAGUCAGCAUCAGACGUGGGUGACCUGCCAUCAUCUCCUGGUUCAGCACUGUACCAGCUCCUGGCAGACCCUGAUGCCCUGCCACUGGACAAUCUCUCUACAGAAGUGUUCACUAGUGUGAUGCGUCACGUGCGUCGUGCAGUGCGUGAAGGAAGCAAUAGUGCAUCAGGAACGGCUUCUCCAGUAGGAGUGACCAGUGGAACAUCACCUGGUGUAAGCCGGGCCACAUCAUCCUCCCCAUGGCCCCUGGCAACUCUGGUAGUGCUGGAGCUUCACUUGGCCAUGGACAUGAUCCUCACUGCCUGCAGAUUGGGACGAUCACUGGUGUCCGUGGGCACUAACCCCAGAAGUAACAUGGGCGUGUCUGUUGUCAACCCUGGCGUUGGAAACUUACCUCCCACCCUCCGUACAGACCUUGCCAACAAGGUGUUGGCUCUACGUGAGGUGUACAGCUCUGUGUGGAUACAAGGGCAGCAGGCAGCAGGUCUCCAGUCAUCCCUGUUGGUGCUGACAUCCUUGCUCGCCCGCCUUCUGCCAGAUCAUUCGCUACACUCCUCAUGAAAACCAACCACCGCCUCCACUCCCAUUACUCAGAUCACGUUGUGGUCUAGAAACAUCUCGAGGUCGUUAAUCUCCCUGUGAACGUAUCUCGUGUCAAAUUCCUGAUUUUUUACAUUUUGUAGUUUAUUUGGAGUUGGUGGUGUCAUGGAGAGGAGACACGUAUUGCCUUCUUAACUGCUAUUACUAUACAGAAACUGUUCAUCGACGUCAGUAUUUAGCAACAGUAUCGUGAGAGAGAAAGAGAGAGAGAGAGAGAGAGAGAGACUGACUUUUGACACUUCUCUUGAAUGCUGAGUUAUACUAGACAGUACUGUACUUUUAAAAAAUUAACUCGGGAAAUAUUUUUUGUAUAACAUCUUUGCAUUUUUAAGCUGUUUUGUGAAUAUUAUACAUACAGUAGCGUCAGAAGGUGGAAAAUUUUUUGUAGUGUCUCGUAGGAAGCUGUUAUGAUGUAGCCUUGGGGUAGGUAAGGCACAGUGCACAGACCGACAAUGUUAAAACUGUGUUCACGUUAAGAUUAUUUUACCUGUGGUAAUUACCAGUGUCAUUAUUCACUUUCCAAUCAAAAUAUCCCUCAAAUAUAUGUGUGUGUGUGU